AUGAGUUACAAUCCAAAAAAUUUAAAAGACAAAAUAGAUCGAAUUUUAGAAUAGAACAAGCGAUAUUAACAGUAAAUUCCUUAAAAUUUUAUCAAGGGAUGGAGAUAGUGUGUAAGCCAAAGCACUUAGCCAAAAUCUUCAGUUCAUGCAAAUUAGAUGAGUAAUAAAAACAAUUUGUAGAUUAAUACAAAUAACUCUUACUGUAAAGCCAGAUCAGCGAAUUCAUGGGCUGGUGAUUCUGGAAAUACAAAGUUGAGAAUAAGUACUACUCCAAAUAGUUAAUCAUCAAAUAAUAAUAAAGAAAAUGUGUUUAGAAGAAAUGAAUUCUUAUCUACAAAAAAUAGCUCUGUAAAAGGAAAUAAAAAAAAGAUAGAAUACAAUUUUAACUUAACGAAUGAUGGUAUUACUUUAAAAAAUUAAAAUUUAUCUUAUUAUUAGAACUAUGUUAAUAAAAGCAACUUAGAUAAAAAUUCAUCUUUAGCAUAAAAUGAUGUUUCAUAUUAAAAUAAAAGUCCUUCAAUUGACAAUUCAAAGACAUUUUUAAUAUCAAAGCAACAUGAUAACUAAGUAAAUGGAAGUAAGGAUACUUAUAUCCUUAACGAUUCAAAUAGUUACAAUAACUAAACAUGCAUAAGUGCCUUACAGUAGAAUAUUAAUGUAGGUAAUAACUCAAAUGUCUAAAUAAAUAAAAGCCUAAAUUCUAGUUAAAAUGGAGGUACAUAAAACAAAAACGGCAACUUAAAUUUAACUUCUAGCAGCUUGCAGAGCACUGCUGCUAAAAAUUAAAAAGAAAUUUUAAAGCAGAAUUAAGCUUUUAACAAUUCUUCAAGUUUUGUAAAUACAAAUAGCCCUGUUGCUUCAGGAGUUAAUAAGUUGCUUUAAAAUGGUAGUAUUCUAGCAUCUAAUAGUAAGAUUGCAGCUAGCCCUUAAAGUGAAAUAGUAAACCAGCUAAUUAAGAUAAUUGAACAAGAUAAAAAGUAUUCGGCAAAAUAAUUUUAAUAAUUUUAAAAUUAGCAGCACUAAAAUUCUUAUGAAGGGAUUAGAAAAAGAGAAUCUUUUUCUCUACAGAUGAAAUAAGCAUCACAAAAUAUUGAUGCUCCAACAAUUUCUAAAAGGGGAAGCAAUUUUGGCUUGCUUGAUAGCAAUAACAACUACUAAAAUUCUGAAGAAGACAAUAACUAGAAAGUAAGGGAGUUAAAGACUAAAUACCAUCUAAGAGAUGCUAUUUUAAGAUAGGAAAUAAAGAGGCUUGAAUAAGAAAAUAUUAUGCUUAAAAGCACAAAUAAGCAACUCGAUGAAGAGGUUAAUCGUUAUAGGAAUAUAAGGACAAUGGAGAAUAAAUAUAUUAAAAAAUUGGAGUAAGAAUUGAUCGAGGAAAAAUAAAAAUAUCAAGUUAACUUUAAAAAGAUAGCAAAUGGUGAAUGUAUAAGCAGUAAUAGUUUAGUCAGCAGUUCAGGAGGAGGUGGAAAUGCCUCAAAUAAUAAUCACGUUAGUUUUAGUAAUUAAAGUAAUGGAUUAUCAACUUAUUAGGUUUAACUAAGAAACGAGCCUAUUACUUAACAGAAUGCAUUCCAAGUGGCAAAAUACUAAGAAAAAUUGAUAUAAACUUUAUCUGAAAAAGUUUCUGAAUUGAUGAACGAAAAAGAAUAUUUAGAAUAAAUAUUAAAGAAUUUACUUUUGAAAAACGAAAUGGAAAAGUAAAAUAAAUAUGAGUCGUUAAGUUUUGAGAUAAGCUAACAAAAACCUUCUUACUUAAAUACAUCUUUUUCAGAUAACAGCUGCUUUGCCUAAUUUAAAGCAUCUGCAUCUAAUUCAAGCUAUCCUAACAUACAAACUAAUUUACAAUAAAUUAAUGUGAAUGUUUCACAGUCAAAAAUACAUCCUUAACCAGUUUUGAAUCAAAAUCAACAUUUGGCAAAUAAUUAGUUAGCUUGCCAUUAACAAAUAUCUUAAAUAAAAGAAGAAUAUAUGGAAGAAAGUUCAAGAGCCAAAACAUCAUAAACCUCUUCACAACAAUAAUCAUAAUAAUAGGCAUAGCAAAUUAACAACAACAAUCUAUAAUAGCUAUAAUAGUAAAAAGAAAAUGUAAAUAUACUUAAUAAUAUAUUAGAAAAGAACAAAAAUCUCCAAAAUGUCAAUAAUACAAAUCAAUAAUUUCCCAAUUCGAGAAAUUCAGAAACUCCAAGAUAGAACCAAAAAAGAUAGCAAUCUGGAUCAAAAGAUUCAUCAUACCCCCCUUAAGCUCCUUCCUCCUUGAAUUCAAUUAAAAGAUAUACAAAUAGAAAAUACUAAUAAGACUCUUCAGAAAAAAACUCUAAUACAAAUAGCAUUGAUGGAUUUAUAUUUGGACCACCCAAAUCUGCUCAUUAAUGUUCUUAUGAAGAGCAAUUAAUAAAUUAGCAAUAAUAGAAUAAUAAAGUAAUAUUCUUAGAAAAUCAAGAAAAUGAGGAAUUUUAUUGGGAUCCUUAUCAUGAUGAAAUCGUAAUAAAUGAAGUCCAAUUAAAAAACUUGAUAGAGGAUUACAAACGCAGGGCAUAAAAGGUAGACCUUCUAUGA